AAACAAACUUAUUUUAGAGACAAAAACAACUAAACCGUAGAAAAAAAAGCGCACAUAUAUAUUAACCAAUGUUAUAGAAAAGGUCAUCUUUGUUUUUAUGAGACACGGAACAAAUUUUGAUUGGGACAAAAAGCCCAUCUACAUACACAUAACAGAAAAUACUAAGUAAAACAUACUUAUGAGAUAAACUGUUCGGAAAAGGAAAGCUAUAUACAGUAGUCUUUCUCUAUCGCUUUGUAAUCUACGAGUGAAUACUACAAACCAAUAUGCCUUUGAGUACACUGAUCUUGGUCAUCUCCACGGUAUUCCUUCUGGUCUUAUCCAGUGCUACAUACCCACCAUCAGAUGAAAACUUAAAGUUCAACAAAUCACAAGCAAAUAAUUCUGAUUUUAAUGAAAUAAUUGCCAUUAAAACAAUAACCAGUGUGCCAUUAUUGCAUUUAGUAGACUAUCUAUGGAACCAGUCAGAAACAAAAGAAAUGAAGGUUAAAACAUUUUCGAUACCAUCCGAUUCUCUGUAUACUCAUAUCUACUAUGCUUGGAAAGAAGCUGAUCAGCACAUGUCCUCUGUUGCUUUAAAAAAUGAUGAAAUAGUCGGCGCAAAUCUAGUCGUUCCUAUCGAGAUUCUGAAAGAAAUGUACGCUCCUGAAAAAAUUGCAGCCAUAUUAGAUUUCGCAAUUCACUGUUAUGCAUGGGCUAAACCAGAUAAUAUUCAAAAAUAUUCUAAUCCAAAUGCAUAUGUGUCAAUACUAAGGGGAGCAUCCAAUACAAAAGUGAAUCAACAACUUAUCAGAGAAACCACGAAAUACUUCCUUAUCUCGGCUCAGUAUGAUGCAUAUCAUUUUGUUUGGGAGAAUUCUUCAUUGGAACAAACAAACUUUAUGUCAUCAUUAAACUACACUCAAAUUGUAUGUGGUGACAGCAAACUUGAGACGAAUCCAUGUGACUGGAAAACACUUGGUAUGGAUAAGCUAUUCGCUGAACAGCAAUGCCUUUAUCGAAUCAUAAAUAAUGAAAGGACAAACAAUCUUCAUUAAUAUUGACGACAUUAAGAAUGUCUUCAACAAUACGCAUCAUUAUUAUAAUAUUAUCCUAUUCAUUCAUUGAUAUAUAUAUAUAUGUCAACAAACGCUUAGUGCUUUUACACUUUUUCAUUGCAAUAUUUCUAUUCUAGGCUAUUCUCUUAUGUUUAUAUUAGGAUGAAAUUUGUUUUAAAUAAAUCUGAAUGAGUAACUGAAGUGUGAAGUUUUGCAUUUUUUUUAACAGGAUUAACUGUAAUCCCUACGAAAACG